AUGUUACAAAUAUCAUGGCCUGGGGUGGUCUUUGGCCUUCUCACGUCCACGUCAGCGACACCCUACCCCAAACCCAAUAAUCCAGGGUACAACUGUACCCCUGGACAAUCUUGUUGGCCGUCGAACGAUGAAUGGGAGAGUUUCAACAGCAGUCUAUCCGGAAACUUGUACCGCACAGUUCCUUUGGCAGCGAGCUGCUAUUAUAACUCUCCACACUACGACCUUUCGUCCUGUGAAGUUGUCGCAGAGAACUACACAAUAAAUCAGGAACGAACUACUGUAUACGGCGCAUCAUCAAUACUAAAUUGGGAAUCAUGUCUGUCUCAAACUUGUGCUCUGGAUCCUUUGAACCCGUCGGAGGUUGUUUCCGAGGAGUGUUACCUCGGCCGUCUAUCUUCAUUGUAUGUUGAUGCUCGCGAAGCAAGUCACGUAGUCACUGCUGUUAAAUUCGCGAAAACGCAUAAUAUCCGAGUAAGCAUCAAAAACACAGGACAUGACUACUUCGGACGCGCUAAUACCCCCAACACUCUUGCAAUCUGGACUCACAACAUGAAAAAUAUGACGUAUCAUUCAAAUUUCACCGCUUACAAUUGCCCUGUCUCGAACGGGAAAGACAUCGGAGAGAUUGGAGCCGGUGCUCAGGCAGCGGACGUGUACGCCUAUUUCCAGAAUUUCAAUAUGGACGUGACUGGUGGCAACGAAGGAUCGGUUGGCCUUGCUGGCGGGUUUGGUCAAGGCGGCGGCCACGGUGUCUUUGGCCCUUCGCAUGGCCUAAUGGUGGAUAAUGCGGUCGAGUUUGAUGUUGUGACUGCAGACAGCCAAUUCCGAACAAUCAACCAGUGCAAUGACCCUGAGCUCUUCUGGGCUAUGCGAGGAGGAGGAGGAGGCUCCUUCGCCAUUUUAACAAGCUAUCGCUUCCAACUCCAUCCUGCCGUGAAACUCAAUGUAUACUCGUUCAUAGCCAGAUUUACGACUCAAGGCAACGAAACUGCCAACUACCCUGCACUGGAAAAGAUUCUUACACAACACGCAGCUUACCAACCCGUUUGGUCACACAAUAACAUUUCAGGACAUGCUUACUACUGGCCGAAUCAAACCGCAAUUUACCUCGUCCUGCCUUCGAACAAUGAAACUGCAUUGAAAGCCCUAACUAGUGAAUUUUCCUCCUUCUUAACGAAUCAAACGGAUAUUCAUGUCAUCGAGAGCACUUACACUACCUAUCCCACAUAUACCGAUUUUCUGACGCUUACCAAUGCCAUCGCGAAACAGCUAACACGAGGCGGAAUGUUCGAAAUUCUUGCAAGUCGGCUGAUACCGAAAACGUUAUUUGAAUCUAACAGCACGAUAACCGACUUGGUCGACGCCGUGAUUCAAGGAAUGCGCCUCAGCCAAAAGAUCAUACCCGGUGAGACCUCCAUGGCCCAAAUAAUUAUGACCACACCUGUGAAUCACCAAAAUGGCGACACGACAAGUGUCAAUCCUGCUUGGCGGACGGCUCUCUGGCAUACAAUUAUGUCAGGUGGGUGGUAUGAAGCGCUUUCUGUCUCAACUGAGGCAGAAUUAGUUGAGUCCUUUUUGGAGACCAUCGAGCCACUCAAAGAGUUGACACCUGGCGGAGGAUCCUAUUUCAAUGAAGGUCACUACUUGGAACCGGAAUGGCAAGAAACCUUUUUCGGAUCGAACUAUCCCGAAUUGCUUCAGGUAAAGAAGAAGUAUGAUCCUACCCAUUUUUUCGACUGUUGGAAAUGUGUGGGCUGGGAGGGUCCAUCAGAGUAA